GCUGAACCUGAGUCUUUUUCCAACUUGUUUCUAUCUCAUCAAAUGGAUUCUUCACCAUCACCGAAAAGCGACGAGAACCAUUUGCGUCCAUACAUGACGCACUCUCAUUCCAUGCCACAUCUUCCACAACUGCAAUUAACCACCACCGACAACCGGAAUGAUGCCAUCGAUAUCACCACGCCUGCUACAGUUGGAUCCAAAAAAUUCACUUUCUCAGACGAGGAUUUGACAGACUAUCACUUGAAAAAAGCUCAAGACGAACUUGAUCGGGAGAAAAUUCCCGAACGGUCAAGUAACGAUGACUACAACGCUCCUGGCAUCGACCGCCGAGACUCGGCCAACACAUUAGUCGAAGCCGCCCUCGAAAAACCAGAAGUCGAAGAACGUCAUUCCAGUUACCAAGAUCAUGUCGCUGAAUCAGCCGCAUUAGUCGACCGAAUGCUUAGCCAGCGAGUUGGUCCCAACUCUAUGGCACCCACCGGAGGCGGCAGUGUGCUUUCCUCACUAAUGAAGCUCGAAGCACAAAGAAACAGAGAACAUGAGAAACGUCAAGAGGAAAGAAAAAGGCGGAAGGAAAAGAAGAAGCAGAAACUGGAAAAGAAGAAGCAACGUCCAGCUUCGAUUUAUAAUUUACCAACCCACUAUGAGACCGAUCCAAUUGAUGGUUAUGGGGAAGAACGACCGCAGUUAAAGCAUCGACCAGGAAGUUGGUUGUCGACUAUAACCACCACUGACCAUCUAGUUCCAUCACUCGCCAAGAGAAAGGCAGCAAACUAUCCCGCUUCCAUUUCGCGACGCUCCUCCGUUGACAGCAUGAUUACUACAGCUUCGCAAUUCGAACCCAUUUCACUAGAAGACCGUAUUCGUAUUACGUUUGAACUAGCUAAUAUUCUACAAAAGCAAGAUUUUCUUCGAAAAUUGGCCAGAACUUUAAUUUGGUAUGGAUGCCCAUCCCAUAGACUCGAAAUUGCUAUGAAACAAGUAUCGAAAACGCUGGGUGUCGACGCUGAAUAUGUCUACUUGCCCAACGUCAUGUUGCUUAACUUCCUGGACACCACCACGCAUCAGACCGAGACCCAUUUUAUUCGCCAGGUGCAAGGUUACGACAUGUACAAGUUGGGAGAAAUUUAUCGAUUGGAGAAGCUAGUCUCUCACGGUGAAGUGACGGUGGACGAGGCCUUGGAAUUCAUCGAGUCCAUUAAUGACGAAAAAGAUUUUUACCCGCGUUGGACAAAUCCCUUGGUGUAUGCAGCCGCUAGCUUUUGUACAUGCACUAUGUUCUUUGGCGGCCAAUGGAAGGAUGCUGGCGUUGCUGCUGCCUUAGGAACACUUCUAUCCGUUUAUGAAACGUUUGCUGGUCGAUUUCAGUCAUUGGGUCCUAUUUGGGAUAUUACAAUGUCCAUGCUCAUUGGAUUUAUCGCACGUGCACCGUGGAGACAAGGAUUCUGCUUUGCGCCUAUUUCCUAUGGCGCUAUUGUCAUCUUGUUGCCCGGAUACACCAUCGCUUCGGGCAUCAUUGAGUUAGCGUCUCGAAAUCUUAUAUCCGGCGUAGUUCGAAUGGUUUACAGUAUUGUGUACUGCUUUUUGUUGGGUUAUGGAAUAUCCAUGGGAUCCGGUCUAUGGGCUACAUUUGACCCGGCGGCUGCCAGUGCUUCGACCUCAGAAUGUACUGGGAACAUUCCCUCGCAAUGGUACAACUUCUUAUUUGUGUCGCUGUUCGCAUUCUCUUAUGCCAUAUACCUCAAAGCUCGCCCCAAUCGUUGGAUACCCAUGUUUUUCGUUUCGACCAUGGGCUAUGUCGUCAAUUUUUCAUUGACAAAGUGGACAUCCGCACCUCAACAAGUUACUCAAUUCAUUCCAGCUUUUGUUGUCGGUUUACUCGGUAAUCUGAUGCAUAAAUUCACUGGCAAAAUGUCAUUUGAUGCCGUAUUGCUCGGUGUCUUCUUUCUUGUGCCCGGUAGUUUAGGCUUGAAGGCUGCUCUGGGUACAUUCAGCGAUAGCACUACUGGUGUCAAUGGUGGUCAGGGCGCAUACUUUGCACUGGCCAUGAUUGAGUCAGCCAUCGGUAUUACCGUCGGACUAUUUGUCGCUACCUUAGUAGUAUACCCAAGAGGUACUGCACAUACCCCACUGAUGUGUUUCUAAGUGGCUUGAUCCACCGCCUCGAAAAAAAAAAAAAGACUUAAUGCAUAUACCAAACCUUAGUCUGUUCCUCAACUUGUACAGAAUAAUAGAAAUAACAUGGCCUGUUUUCCUCCCUAUGUAGACCCAUGUUUAUUAAAUCAUA